AUGCGUUUCCUUGCGCUCACUUGUCUGGCCUCGCUCGUGUCUUUGGCGACGGCUGCGACGCAAAAGCGUGCCGUGCCCGAAGGUUUCGUGACUACUAAUGGACAGGCCUUUGAACUGGAUGGUCAGCCUUUUUAUUACGUGGGCACCAAUGCCUUCUGGCUUCCCCUCUUGACUAGCCCCGAGGAUGUGGAUGCUACUUUCCAGACAAUGGCAGACGCGGGCAUCAAAGUCGCGCGUACCUGGGCCUUCAACGCGAUCAACGAAACAGAGCUGUCGACCGCGCUGUCGACCAACCUGACGUACUACCAGGUCUGGAAUGACAGCGACUGGACGCUGAACGAGGGACCGCAGGGCCUGCAGCGUCUCGACUACGUCGUUUCGUCCGCUGCACAGCAUGGCAUCAAGCUCAUCUUGACAUUCACGAACAACUGGAUUGGAUACGGCGGACUAGAACUCUACGUCUACCACAUCAUCGGCAACGACGCGACCCAUGACGAGUUCUACACCAACCCCACCACCAUCGCUUCCUACCAGCGCUAUGUGACGGCCAUCGUGAACCGCUACGCCGACUCCUCUGCCGUCUUCGCCUGGGAGCUCGUGAACGAGGCGCGCUGCGCCGGGGACAGCCUCCCCUCCGGACCUGACUGCGUGCCCGGAUCGGAGACGCUAACGACGUGGUACCAGCUGCAGUCAGACUUUGUGCGCAACUUGGACCCGUACCACAUGAUCACGACCGGCGGUGAAGGCCAAUUUUACUGGGCACAGCCUGACGAGUACUGGUACAACGGCACUCUGGUUAGUGACUCCAACUUUAACGGAGAAGCCGGGGAGGACUUCGAGGCUAGUCUUUCGUUGCCGAACAUCGACUUCGGGACCUAUCACUUGUAUCCGCAAACAUGGUACCCAGAGCUCGACUACCCAGGCUCGAACUUCUCUGUCAGGGACUUCGGCUUGGGCUGGAUCGGUGCUCAUGCUAACACCUCUGCGUAUGUCGGGAAGCCCGUCAUCAUGGAAGAGUUCGGUGUGACGGGACUAGAGAAUAAGACGGCCAUCUAUCCCGUGUGGGUCGGCUACGCCAUCGCUACUAAUCAUGCGAUUCAUCCAUGGCAGUUCGGCAUGCUGAACUUGACUGAGGACGGUGGCAACCGCGUCCUCAAGUACACCGACGAUAUCUACGAAGGGGCUUCCCCGAACGACGGCUUCACGGUCUACGCCAAUCAGACGUCGGUGUGGGACAUUUUUGUGGAUGCUGCUACCGUGCAGGACUGGAGGGCUUGA